AAGUGAAGGACUGGGAUGAGUGAUGUCAGUGGAGAACCUGGAGGGGGAUACGAGACCGGAGAGGGCUGGGAGGGGGGGACAAAAGGCCAGGCCGGCCGUGCCUCUGCUGCGGUGAGCAGGGAGACGGGGAUGUUCAGUGGGCAUCCAGUGAAAACGUUAGGUAUCUGUGGUGCCACCGGUGGUGCUGGACCUCCCCAGCCUCCUCCUCCUUCAUCUUCAUCAUCGUCAUCAUCAUCCUCCUCAUUCCACCAAACACCUCCGUCGUUCAGCCAGCUUGUCCAGCAGCUCCACUUCCAACUGCAAACACACCACAACACAAACAACAACAACACCAUCAGCACCAUCAGCAGCAGCGUCCAGCAGCAUGGAUGCACAGCAAACAUCCUGCAGGAGGGGAGCAGCCGAGCACAGGAGCUGAAUCAAAGGGAGGAGGAGGAGGAGCGGAUGGAUGCCAGGCUGGGAUCAGCCACCAGCAGCACCGACAACAACCCUCCUCCGACUGGGACCAGCUCCGAGUUUAAUCAUUAUUAUGGGAAUGGAAGAGGAGGGCCUAGCUUCGAUCAACAUGGCGGACAACAAAGCCCAGGGACUGGGGUAAGAGCGGCGCGCUCCGUACUCAGCACCAUGGAUCAGGUCCACAACUCCCACGAAGGCUACAGCAACAACAGCCCCUACAACCACUACCCGAACUACCGGCCCGGGUACGGGAACAGUGGAUACGGUGGCAUGAUGAGCCCGUCACGCCAGGGGAACAACCUGCUGGGCCCCGGCAGUGGCGGCGCAGGCUCGACCGCUGCUAAUCACAGCAAGGCGGUGAUGACUGCUAGCAGCUCCCCGGCUGGAGGCGGCGGCGGGUUUCAGCGGUUUCCCGGACAGGGUCAGCAGCAGCAGCAGCCACAACAGCAGCACCCGUCAGGGGCUACACCAACUUUGAACCAGUUAUUAACUUCUCCGAGUCCGAUGAUGCGGGGUUAUGGAGGUGGAUAUCCAGAUUAUAAUAAUCCCGCACAGCAACAGCCGAGCAUGGGGCUGGCUAAAGACAUGGGCUCCCAGUACGGCUCCGGGGCUCACGGCUGGGGAGGACAGCAGAGAAAUCACCCGACCAUGAGCCCAGGGAAUCCCGGGCAGGGUGGCGGCAGGGCUCAGGUGCCGCCCAUGGACCCGAUGGCGAUGAAGCGUUCUCAACUAUACGGGAUGAGCAACAACCCGUACUCCCAGCAACAGGGGGCGCCGUACCCUGGACAGCCCUACGGCUCCCCUACCCCCCACAGAUACCCGAUGGGGAUGUCCAGCAGGGGGCAGGUGGGAAUGGGAGGGAUGCAGUAUCCUCAGCAGCAGAUGGGCUCUCAGUACAGCCAGCAGCAGCAACAGCAGAACAUGAGCAGUUACUGUCAGCCGGGCCAGCCGCCGUACUUCAGCCCGCCACAGCAGCAACCCGCCGCCCCCAGUCAGCCACCGUACAUGCAGCCCCGCCCACUGCCACAGCAGGAGGUGCCGCAGGAAGCUUACGGGGGCCGGGGCCAGUCUGCCGCUAUGACUCCUGGGAAACCAAACCACGAGGAGAUGAGUCUGAGUCAACAGGAGAGGCCGUCCAGUCUGCCAGACCUCUCCGGCUCCAUCGAUGAUUUGCCCACUGGCACAGAGGCGGUGGUGAGUUCGGGGGGAUCGGGCUCCGGCAGUGCUCAGGGCGACCAGGGGACUCCAGCCCGUUCACCAUUCUCCCCGCACGUCUCCCCUCGCCUCCCUCCGCCACCUCGCACCGGACCCUCCCCCUCCCCCUCCCCGUCCCCCGCUGCCUCUGGCAGCCAAUCGCGAUCCGGACCUCUUUCCCCCGCCACCAGCGGACCAGGCUCUCAGAUGCCCCCUCAGGUCUCAGGUCCUGGUCCAGAUGUUGGUCCCCAUUCCUCCCAGUCUGCCAUGACUCAGGACAGAGGUUUCCCACCCACCAUGCAGCGCAGCACCUCUGGGUCUCAGUUUGGGUCCCAGCAGUCCUCUUCGUCAAUGACCCCUCACCCAGGGCCGGGGGGGCCGAUGCACCACAGCUCCUACCAGCAGGCCGGCCACUCCUAUGGGCAGUACGGCCCUCCAGGUAACUACCCGCGGCCCCCGCAUUAUGGCGGGCCGGGCCUGGGCGCGGGCUCCAGCCUGGCCAACAGCCUGGGCUUGAACGCCAGCAGUCCCAUGCACGGCCAGGGCCCGUCCACCCCAGCGGGCCGUGGUCCUGGCCCCGGGCCCGGUGUGGGUGGGCGGCCUUACCCUGCAGGAGGAGGCACAUUGGCCCCCACCUCACCUAGCAUGCCGCAGGCCACCGGGCAGGGCAUGGGGCCCCCGGGACCCAACACCAGCUGUAAGCCACCUGAGGUUGUCCCCACCACCGGACCCAGUGCCAACUCAUCAUCAGCACCAUCUACAGCAGCCAAUCAGAGCAGACCUCCCUUCGCUCGCUCACCCAUCUACCACAGCCCAUCCUGGCACACCGGUCGACCUGCCCUCUCUCCCACCCUCCACCCCUCCCACCCUCUUACCCACCCUCAUCAGCACCACUCCCAGCAGCUCAGUGCCAGUGCUCAACCCCAGCAGCCUGCUGUGCAGGCCCCUUCUGAGCAUUAUGGGCAGGGCAGCUACCCGGGCAUGACACCGCUGGGUGCAAUGGGCCCUGGAGGUCCAGGAGGCCACGCAGGUCCUGGAGGUCCUUACAGUCAACAGCCAGGGAGUAACUCUGGGAGGAUGACGCCACAGGGACCCCCCUACAGUGCCCCACCAUCAGGCCCCGUGAUGAUGCCAGCUGAAGGGAUGGGUCCUCACGCAGAUGCCAAGCAAAGGGUGGAGCUUAGCAAAGAGGGUGUUGGUCCUGUAGGAGAGCCCAAACCCAAGGACUACAGCUCACAGUGUGUGUCCCAGCCCCCCACCCCCUGCCCCAUGUCCCCCAGCUCGGCCAGCCUGUCGUCCUGUCACGGCGAGGACAGCGAUGGCAUCAGCAGCCCCGCCUGGCUCAGGACGCCGAGCAGCCCGAAGCCCAGCGUGGCCACCAUGACCAACGAGAAGAUCACCCGGCUGUACGAGAUGGGCUCUGAGCCAGAGAGAAAGCUGUGGGUGGACCGAUACCUGUCUUUCAUGGACGAGAGGGGCACGCCUGUCCCAAACCUGCCCGCCGUCGGGAAGAAGCCACUAGACCUCUGCAGGCUGUACCUGGCUGUCCGCGACAUUGGAGGACUGGCCAUGGUGAAUAAGAAUAAGAAGUGGAGGGAGCUGUCAUCCCUGCUAAACGUGGGGACGUCCAGCAGCUCAGCCAGCUCGCUGAAGAAGCAGUACAUCCAGUACCUGUUCGCCUAUGAGUGCAAGAUGGAGCGUGGCGAGGAGCCACCACCUGAGGCCGCAGGGCCCGCCGGAGACGCCAAGAAACCUCCGUCACUCCAGGCCAAGAUCCAGCCGCCCUCCCCGGCGAACUCGGGCUCUCUGCAGGGUCCAAACACCCCUCAGUCCAGCAGCAGCUCCCUGACCGAUGCCCCCGGAGACCUGAAGCCCCCGACCCCCGCCUCCACCCCGCAGAGCCACAUGGCCCCCCAGCCUGGAAACAGGAGCGUGGGAGGAGUCAGUGUGCAGGACCCAUUCUCUGAGGGUAGCGAUCCAGCCUUCCACAGCAAACGAGGCCUGGGACCCGGCGGUGCUCCCUACCAGCAGGGAGGUGGUCCAGUAGACCCUAUGAGGAUGCAGUAUGAUGCCAACAAAGACCCUUAUGGAGGAGUGAGGAAGGGUCCGGGUCCCGGCGAGGCCUUCAGUCCCGGUCAGAUGCCCAGCGGUGGAGCCAUGCAGGACAUGUACCACCGUGGGCCACCCUCUGGGCCGCUGGCAGGGAUGGGCCCCAGACCCCAGUACUCCUACAGCCCCGGCUAUGAGCGCAGGCCGGAACAUGCGAUGGGCCCUGAGGGAGGCAUGGCGCCCCCCGGAGGCCAGAACAGCAUGGGUCCGUCUGCAAACGAAGCCAGCAUGUUUCCCACCAACAGAUUCCCCCACCAGAGGCACGGCCAUGACGGUUAUGGGCAGCAGUAUCCUCACGGCAUGGCCUACAGUUCCCAUCAGUCCCUGUACCCUCAGCAGCAGGGAUACAAGCGUCCAAUGGAGGGGAUGUACCCGCCAGCGAAGCGUCAUGAGGGCGAGGCGUUCGGCGUGCAGCAGUAUGGCUCUCAGCAGCCCGACAUGUUCCCCGUCUAUGGGGGAGGAGGUGGGGGCUACAUGGGCCCUGAGCGCCGGCCCAUCCAGGGCCAGUACCCGUAUCCUUACAGUCGAGACCGCCAGGGCCCCCCGCAGCACAGCAUGAUGAGCUCAGGGCCGGCGGCGGUGUCUGGGGGGUCCGGGGAAGUGCCGCAGGCCAACAUGUGGCACCCCAGGACAGAUAUGGGCUAUACGUACAGCCGGCAGGGUCAGGGACCCGCCUAUCGAGGGGAUGACCAGGAGAGCAGGGCUCCACAGGACGACCAGUGGGCCCCCGGUCACCCGAGCCAGCGCCAGACUCCAUACCCCCCCCACUCUUCAGCCGCCAGCGCCACCUCCAUUCCACCUCUGCCCUCCAGACAGCCUCCCGCUUCUUUCCAGGCCACACCCACCAUCCCCAACCACGUGACUCGCUCUCAUAGCCCCUCCACAUUUCCCCGGCCCAUGGGGAGCUCGCUGUCACCCAACAGCGCACCCUACCUUCCCUCCAUGAAGAAACCACCAGUGCUGGGAGCGCCGCAGGGACCGCUGACCUCUCAAACCGUCUCACUCAUCAACAGGGAGGUCAGUUUCCCCCAUGGCUCUGUGGAGGCCACGCCCCCCAAACUGAAACCACGGCGACGGCUGACCGCUAAGGACACAGGAACCCCAGAGGCGUGGCGGGUGAUGAUGUCACUGAAGUCUGGCUUGUUAGCAGAGAGCACAUGGGCAUUGGACACCAUCAACAUCCUGCUGUACGAUGACAGCACCGUCGGCUCCUUUAGCCUCCCGCAGCUGCCGGGCUUCCUGGAGCUCAUUGUGGAGUUUUACCGCCGCUGCCUGAUCCAGAUCUUCGGCAUCCUCAAGGAAUAUGAAGUGGGAACUGCGAGGCAGGGUUCCCUGCUGGGGCCCCUCCCUGAGGAGGAGGAGGUGACAGAGGGGCUGCUAGCUGCUGCGUCAGAAUCCAACGGCCAGACAGCGUUGGAGCAGAAGAUUCAGAGGUGGUCAGCUGAGCAGGCGGAGGACAUGCCGCCACCGCUGCUCAUGCCUUCUGAGGAGGAGGUGAAAGAACCUGUGGUCAAAGAAGAAGCACAGGUGAAGGAGGAGGAGCACAUGGAGGAAGCAGAGGCCCGCCUCCAGCAGGCCAGCAAGUACGACAAGCUGCCAAUCAGGGUUGAGACCGGCGAUGGGUGGGAGGAGGUGGAGGAGCGCUGGGCCAAGUUGAACCGACCCAAUGGCUUCAUCAGCGGCCUCCUCCACUGGAAGGCCGGAGGAGGAGACUCCACCACUCACAUCUUGACACACUUCGAGUCCCGCACAGGAGACUUUGUCCCUCUGCACCCACCCGAGUGGGAAGAGAAUGCAGAGGGACAAGAGGGUGAAACAGGCAAGGAAGAGCUGGGCGGAGGAGAAGAGCAAAACCAGCCAGACGGAGGAGAAGAGGUCAGAGGUCAGGAUUCACAAGCUCAGAGUCCUAUCAGCCAGCUGGAGGAUGAGCCUCGCUGCUGGGAUGAGGCCCCGCUGUCCACCGCUGAGCCGUGGCAGGACGCGCUGGCCAAACGCUGCGUCUGCAUCUCCAACAUCGUGCGCGGCCUCUCCUUUGUGCCCGGGAACGAUGCCAUGCUAUCACGGCAUCCUGGGCUGGUGCUGAUCCUGGGCCGACUUGUGCUGCUGCACCACCGCCACCCCCGCAGGAAACGGACUCCGCCCACCUACCAGCGGGAGGAGGAGCAAGGUCUGGCGUGCAGCCGGGACGAGUGGUGGUGGGACUGCCUGGCGGCGCUUAGGGAGAACACACUGGUGACGCUGGCCAACAUCUCGGGCCAGCUGGAUCUGUCGUUGUACCCAGAGAGCAUCUGCCUGCCUAUCCUGGACGGGCUACUGCACUGGAUCGUGUGCCCAUCUGCCGAGGCGCAGGACCCGUUCUCCACGAUGGGCGGCUUCUCGUCACUCACGCCACAGAGACUCGUGUUGGAGUGUUUGUGCAAGCUGAGCAUUAAGGACUGCAACGUGGACCUGCUGCUCGCCACGCCGCCCUUUAUUCGCCAGCAGAAGCUCUUCUCCACACUGGUGCGUUUGGUGGGCGAAAGGAAGAGUCAGGUGUGCCGGGAGAUGGCAGUGGCUGUGCUGUCCAACCUCGCGCAGGGCGACCCCACGGCGGCAAGGGCGGUUGCUCAACAAAAAGGCAGUGUGGGCACACUCAUUGGCUUCCUGGAGGACUGUGUGGCCAUGGCCCAGUACCAGCAGAACCCGCACAGCCUGCUGCACACUGCUGUGCCGCCAGAGCCGCCCAGCAUCAACAUGAUGUGCCGCGCCGCCAAAGCAUUGCUGGCCAUGGCACGGGUGGAGGAGAACCGGACGGAGUUUGUUCUAUAUGAGAGCCGGCUGCUCGACAUCUCACUGUCGUCCGCACUCAACUCCUCUGUGGCGGCCAUCAUGUGUGAAGUACUGUUUAAAAUCGGCCACUCAUGACACAAACACCACCACGGAGCGUGCUCAGUAGCACUGUAAGCAGCUCCGCCCGUGUGACAAACUGGCUCCUAUUAUAUUUUUAUUUAAGAACAGAAAAGAAAUGUUUUUACGUACAAAUGAAUAUAUAUAGAAUCUAUAAAGCUCCGACUCCAUCUGCAAAUGUUUGUUUGGAAUUUUUAAGUAAUUUUAAUACAAAAUAUUUAAUACUUGUAUUUUUAAUUUUCUAAUUGUUUCAUCGGUUUCUUGUUUCGUUUGAACCAAAGUGUGACGGUGGCUCGGGUUCCGGCUCUCUUCAAUGUUUUUUUUAAACAUUCGCGGUUGUUCCUUUCUGUUUGCAAGGCUGUUUGGGGGGGAGGGGUUAGUUAGAUUUGGGGGCGGGGUUAUUUAAAUAGUGUUGUAGAUAGGUCUUUUUUGUUUUUUCUCACGUGGUAUGACAGAGGAAAUACUGAUGUUCAGUCACGUACUUUGUUCUGGUGCAAUAUGUUUGCUUGGGCGUUUUUUUUUUUUUAUGUGAAUUAUUUGACCAUCUGCCGUUUGACCAUCAGUAUUUUUGCCGAACCACAGCAGUAUCAGCCAAUGGGUUUUUAAGAACUUUGUUUUGUCCACCAAUCAGAUCCCUCCACCGUCAUCCUCCUCCUGUAAAUAGUUGAUGUGCAUUGAGCUCCAGAAGAUGGCGUCCCGACUCUCUAUGAAUUUAUAAUCACAACUCUGAACAUUCGAGUUUCUGUAUUUAAGGACAAAAAAACUCAUCUUCAGGAUGUUUAUUGGGGUCUGAUCUGACAGGGUGUGUUUGAUUUGAGAGACUGUAUGUACAGGAGGUACGGGGGUCAGUUGGGGCAGGGCAGGCAGAACUGUACUUAUAUCAUGUUGCUGACAUCAAAACAGUUAUAAGAAAUGUAAAGAGAGAGGAAAAAAAGAAAAUCUCUACAUCCAGAACGUCUCCUGUUUGAUUUGACAGAUGCUGUUUCUUCAGUAUGAGAUCUUUAUAUGUUCCACGACAUGUUAAAGAAUAAAUGUACAUGAACUCUG